UCGUACUAUUAGUUUGAGGGGAAAGGUGGGACUUCCGAGAAAUGUAGGCGCGUGUUCGUGGUUUAACUUGUGGUUAUAACUGGUUUUCAAGCGUUGCAGUUGAUAUUCUAACUCCUAGCCAUGUCUAGCCAGGAGCUGCGCCUAAACCACACCAUUUACAUCAACAAUCUGAAUGAGAAAAUCAAAAAAGAUGAACUGAAGAAGUCGCUUUAUGCUAUUUUCUCACAGUUUGGCCAGAUACUGGAUAUCCUCGUUGCCCGGACGGUCAAAAUGAGGGGUCAGGCCUUUGUAAUCUUCAAAGAGGUCAACAGUGCCUCCAACGCUCUGAGAUCUAUGCAGGGCUUUCCUUUUUAUGAUAAACCCAUGCGCAUUCAGUAUGCCAAACAAGACUCGGACAUUAUUGCCAAGAUGAAGGGCACGUAUGUGGAGCGGGAUCGCAAGAAGGAGAAGAAGAAGCCUAAAACUACUGAGUCGGGAGGGUCGAAGAAGGGUGCUGCUGCUGGCAUGGCUGGAGUUCCUGCUGCUAUGCCUGGAAUGCCUCCUAUGAGUCAAGCUCCUCGUAUGAUGCCAAUGCCAGGUCAGCCUCCGUACAUGCCGCCUCCUGGUAUGAUGCCACCCCCAGGUAUGGGCCCUGGCCAGAUGCCACCAGGUGCCAUGCCUCCAGGUCAGAUGAUGCCUGGGCAAAUGCCAGGACAGAUGCCUCAGCAGGUCUCGGAGAACCCGCCUAACCACAUCCUGUUCCUCACCAACCUGCCAGAGGAGACCAACGAGCUCAUGCUGUCCAUGCUGUUUAAUCAGUUCCCGGGGUUCAAAGAGGUGCGUCUUGUCCCGGGUCGUCACGACAUCGCCUUUGUGGAGUUUGACAAUGAAGUGCAGGCCGGUGCAGCCAGGGAAGCGUUACAGGGCUUCAAGAUUACACAGACUAACGCAAUGAAGAUCUCGUUUGCCAAGAAAUAACCAAACAACCUCCUAUGAAGCGUGCAUUUCCACAGGAAAAUGUAUACAAGAGUGUAGAUCCUUUUAAACAGUUAUCUGUAAGGGGAGGAUCAGACACCAUCUACUGUGUACCUGGAUCUGUGGUCAGGAGGUACAUCUGGUAAUGUAUGAUGGAGGAUUUUUGUUCUGUUUUUUUGUUUGUUUGUUUUUGUUUUUUAAAUCUCUCCUGAAGAGGAUGAACCUGGAAAUUGUAAGUAGGGUUUUUUUUUUUGUUUUUUUAAAUACUUGACUUUAGUGUUGAAAAGCAUUGCACCCAGGGUCUGGUCACCCAGACAUUGUACCUGGAGCUUUCCUGCUUAAAUAAAAAUCCAUUUUUUUUUU